CCGUGAGGAGUGCGGCCGCGGAGUGGCCUACCGGGGCCCUCUCCCGGAGGGGCCGGCCCGGGGCGGGGAGAUGAACGGCUUCAGCACGGAGGAGGACAGCCGCGAAGGGCCCCCAGCCGUCCCCGCCGCCGCCGCCGCCGCCCCGGGCUACGGCCAGAGCUGCUGCCUCAUCGCGGACGGCGAGCGCUGCGUCCGGCCCGCGGGCAACGCCUCCUUCAGCAAGAGGGUCCAGAAGAGCAUCUCGCAGAAGAAACUCAAGCUGGACAUCGACAAGAGCGUAAGGCACCUGUAUAUCUGUGAUUUCCACAAAAAUUUCAUCCAGAGUGUCCGAAAUAAAAGGAAGAGGAAGACAAGUGAUGAUGGUGGAGAUUCUCCUGAGCACGACGCUGACAUUCCUGAGGUGGAUCUGUUCCAGCUGCAGGUGAACACUCUACGGCGCUACAAACGGCACUACAAGCUGCAGACCAGACCAGGCUUCAAUAAGGCCCAGCUAGCGGAAACCGUGAGCCGACACUUCAGGAACAUCCCUGUGAACGAGAAGGAGACCCUGGCCUACUUCAUCUACAUGGUGAAGAGUAACAGGAGCAGACUGGACCAGAAGUCGGAGGGCAGCAAGCCGCUGGAGUGAGGCCGGCACCCGGGAGGACUGGGGUAGUGCUUGGCGCACAGCGGCGGCGGCGGCGGCCAAGCCCACAGACUGUCCGCUGGAAACAAAGUUUGAAUGCUGGAUUCUGUAAAUCUCGUUGGUCAGGAUCGUAUUCUCAUGAUUCAGCAUGUGUGUAAGAAGACCGCCUUUUAUGAUAACUGCGAGGACUGAAAACCCCUAUCCUAAAAGGAAUUAAAAGCAGUGUCUUGGAGUGUUUGGCAAAGCA